UGUUCAAAGUCCAGCAGCCCAUUUGUGCCAGCAAAGGGGAGGGCCAUGGGGAAUUUUGGGUAUAAAGGGGGAAAACACACCACCUGAUAGAGGUAAACAAUCAGGUUGCAUUUACUGCAUUUUGCUUCCUGGUCGAGGACUCUGGACUUACAGCCACAGCGUCUCUGCUGCCAGAAACUCUCAGGAAAGAGAAAGAGAUGGCAGCCGCACUCAUCCGGAGCAGCAAGUCGAAAUCCAGCUUGCCCCCCCACUAUUUUGAGGGGUUCCUGGAGAAAAAGAUGGCCUGGGAAAAGGAUUACAAGAAAUACUGGGCAGGCCUCCGAGGACUCACUCUUUAUUUCUACAAUACGACUAGAGAUAACCAGUAUGUCGAGAAAGUGGAGCUGGCUGACUUUGUGUCCCUCACUGAUGACAACCCCCUGAGUACCAUGGCUACAUGGUCCACAGAAGGGACUGGCAUGAACCUGAAGAUGAGGCAUCAAGAAGUGAAAUUAAGGAUGGAGAGUCUGGAGUCUCGGGAAAUGUGGAAAGGCUUUAUACUCACUAUGGUGGAGAUGAAGGUCCCUUCUAGCCUUACCUUACUUCCCGGUCACAUUUACAUGUUGUCUGAGGCACUUGAGAAGGAGAAGGAACGGCGCUCUAAGUUGGACCAGGAAGACUCCCCCAAACGAGAGGAAAAGAAGAAGUUUCCAGAUUGUUUCUUCGAAGUCUCCAGGACGGAGGCUGAGAUGCUUCUGGCGAGGGAGGAAAACAACGGGAACUUGCUGUUGCGCCCAGGAGGGGACGGCAAGAGCAUCUCGGUGACCACACGUCAGCUGGUGAACGGAACUGGAAUUAUCAAACACUAUAAAAUUAACAUGGUUGAAGAAGAAUAUAUCAUUGAUGUUGAGGAGCCGUAUCGCUGCUCUUCACUUGAAGAUGUGGUGAAAUUCUUUGUAACGUAUAGCAGGACGCUUCUUACCCCGCUGUGCCUCGACAAGAGCUAUGCCCUGCGGCUAGAGGUGGUGCAGAUGGAUAGCGAAAGUGGAGAGAGCACCGUGCUGCCCCCCCGCAAGAUGCCCGCCCUGCCCCCCCCACGGAACCCCACAGGUGUCCCUGGGGGAAAAAAGAUCCCCCCGAACCCCAAAGGCCGCCCACCAAUGCCUGCUCCUCUCCCAGCCGUCUUGCCCGCCAAGCCACCGGUGCCGCCAGCAAGGCCCUGCAACCUGUACGAGGUGGAGGAGGAUGAACCGGACCGGACGUAUCUGAAUGAUGAAGAUGUUGCUGUGAUGACACAGAUCAGGUCACCUGGAGGGAUGACGCCUGGAAACGUGACUGGCAGCCCCCACCACCAGAAAACCAGCGACAACGUCUCCUCAGGCCAAGCAAAUACUAUACCCAGGAGCUUUUCCACUGGCUCUGCUCAAACUAACCUUGUCAGUGUGACUGCGGAACUCAAACAGAAGCUCCAGAAACGGCUGGCAGUUCUUAAAAACUGAGACAGUGUCCAUUGCCAAAUACGGCCUUAAAUAAUCAAUAACGAUUUCCAGCCAAGACCCUGAAAUCUGCACGUCCUCCAGUCCAUCUCUGCUCCAGCGAGUCAUCUAGCCUCUGGGAUUUGGCAUGCCAAGAGUUCUGCCUUUCCUCCUGGAGCUUCCACAUCCUGUUGCUGUUGGCGAAGUUCGGACCCAGGAGCCCUGCAGGAAAUGUUGACCUCACCAAAAACGGUUAUACAUAAUAGGCAAACGUGGCCAGUUCUCUGCCUGGGGCCUCCGCCCUUAGAGAUUGGCUGGGCUGCUGUGAUGUCACAGAAUGUUUGUCUUCUCAGUGCAGGAGGAAGGCUCAGCCGUGUAAGGAUGUCAGUCAGCGAUAAUGUUGUGACUGAGGGAAAGGAAAAGCUCACGUGAGAGGAAGGGGGAGGCAAUUACUCUGAAGACAAGCCCGGGUAGAGGAUGAGCUGUGAAGAGUAGGCAGAAAUGGGAGAAACAAGGGAGAUCUGGCCACUGGUGACCAGAAAGCUAAAGGGAGAAGCAGAGGCCAGCAACGCAGGCUAGCUCAGUGGGAAAUCAAUUGCUUUGCUUGCAGAAGGCCCUAGAUUCAGUCCCUCACAUCUCCAGGAAGGGCUAGGAAAGACACCUCUCUAAAACCCUGAAGAGCUGCUGCCAGUCAGUGUAGAGCGUACUGAGCUUGGUGGACCAACAGUCUGACUCAGAAGACAGCAUCAUCAGGGGCAUCUACAGCUCAGUGUUGGAGCAUCUGCUUGGCAUGCAGAAGGUCCAAGGUUCAAUUCCCAUCAUCUCCAGGCAGGGUAGGGAAAGGUUCCUGCCAGAAUACCUGGAGAGCCACUGCCAGUCAGAGUAGCCAAUACUGAGCUCGACGGAACAAAUAAGUGAUAACCAGGGGCUGUUCGUCAGAGGCAGAGCAUAUGCUUUGCAUACAGAAAGAAGAUUCCAGGUUCAAUCCCUGACAUUGCCAGCGGAGACUGAGAAAGAGUCUCUGGAGAGCUGCUGCCGGUCAGAGUAGACAGUACUGAGCUGGCUGGUCCAAGGGCUUGACUCAGUAUAAAGCAGCAUCUUGUUUACAGCAGGGACUAGCCAGAGAUUUCUGGGAAGCCCCAAAUGUAGAGCACGAAAGCACCAGCUCGAACGGCAAACUGUCUCUGUCUCCUUCCCCUCAGCACUUGGGGUUCAGAGAUAUACUUCCUCUGACUAUGGAGGCUCCAUUGAGCUAUUAUGGCUAGGAGUUAUUGACAGCCCUAUUAUCUUCCAUCUUCUUUUUACAUUCUUUUAAAACAAUCAUUGAAAUGUGUGACUUCCACAUCAUCUUGUGGCAAUGAGUUCCAUUGAGGUGGGUGUAACUUAACGUUUGUUGGAGGGUGGGAGUUUCCCCAUAAAAUCCUCAGACAGACACAGCGGAUGUGAGAGUUAUGCAGAAAUGUAAAAUUUAUUGUUAAGGCUGGAAGCUGGUUGCGUGGUUGUGAAAUAAAACUGAUUCUACAAGUGGG